UUGGGGAACGUAGGAGGGGGUGGGAGAGGCUUUCUGGGGCUCCAUCAAAGAGCUUGUAUUUUUCUGAGAACGAUGCUCCCAGACCUUGGGGUGUGCCCUUCUCUGGCAGAAGACGGCGCCCCUAGAUGUGCCUUGGAGUCAUCCUGCCGCAGGAUUCCGGUGUCCGCCCACUUAGCAAGAGUGGGCCUGCUGAUAGCCUUUCUUAGCACGCUCGGCUGCUUUGUACGGGCCCCAGGUGUAGGCAUGAACAUGGCAGAAGGGGACACCCUGAUAUCAGUGGAUUAUGAAAUUUUUGGGAAGGUCCAAGGGGUGUUUUUCCGCAAGUACACUCAGGCUGAGGGUAAAAAGCUGGGAUUGGUUGGCUGGGUCCAGAACACUGACCAGGGCACAGUGCAAGGACAAUUGCAAGGUCCCAUCUCCCAAGUGCGUCAUAUGCAGGAAUGGCUUGAGACAAGAGGAAGUCCCAAAUCACACAUCGACAGAGCAAACUUCAGGAAUGAGAAAGUCAUCGUAAAGUUGGAUUACUCAGAUUUCCAGAUUGUGAAAUAAUGACCUGAAUUUAAAUUUUCUAAGAUAAACUCACUGGUUUUGUUUUUAUUGUUAAUAUAGAACAGUCUGUGUUCACUAUUAGAAUUGGUCAGUAAGUUAUGUUAGUAUCAGAUGUUUGAAUAUUACUGUAUAUUAUAUGUAUGAUAGAAAGAUGACAAACUCUACACAAUUCUAAAUAAAUAAAAAUACAUUAGAAACUUCUGCAUAGGGUACU